AAUUGUGUUUGCUUGAUAAAAAUACUCAAAAGUAAUGCCUGAGGAUGCUGUUUUGGAGUAUCUGCACAUAGAAUUGGUGAAUUAUGUUCUGUCGGACAAAGAUGUGAAGAAGAAUGAGAAUGAUUUGUCCGAUUUGGAGUAUAUUGGCUUCACCACUGGCUACAGGAUAAUAGAGAGAUUAACCAGGGAAUGGCCGAGAUUCAAGGAUGAAUUAGAAACACUGAAAUUUAUCUGUACGGACUUUUGGUCUUCGAUCUACAAAAAGCAAAUUGACAAUCUCCGGACGAAUCAUCAGGGAGUUUAUGUCCUCCAAGACAAUGCAUUCCGUUUCCUCACGAGAAUCUCUUCUGGAACACAGUAUCUCGAGCAUGCACCCAAGUAUGUUGCCUUCACAUGUGGGGUAAUUCGGGGUAGUUUGCUAAAUCUGGGAAUCAGCAGUACAGUAACUGCUGAAGUACAGGCACUGCCCUCCUGCAAGUUUCACAUCCAAUUCAACCGGACAUGA